GACGUCAGCGCCGUGUUGAUUUGCUAAGGCGAGAGAAGAAAGGAGUUAGUGCGUGUUGAGAGAGCGGGUACUGCGAACUGCCUUACUAUGCUGUAGCCCCAAUCCCCCCUACACUAUACGGAAUCAAAACGUGCAACUUAGGUUUCAUCUUUCGUUUACAACGACAGCUAAAAACACUGCUGAGCGGGGAAGGCGAGCCUCAUGAGUCGGCCUCGUGGAUUGCAUCGACAUAAUGGAUUUAACUAAAAUGGGUAUGAUCCAGCUCCAGAACCCCAACCACCCCACUGCCCUGCUGCAGAAGGCCAACCAGAUGCGUCUGGCUGGGACUCUGUGCGACGUCGUCAUCAUGGUCGACACCCAGGAGUUUCAUGCUCACCGGACUGUGCUCGCCUGCACCAGCAAAAUGUUCGAGAUCCUCUUCCACCGCAGCAGCCAGCAUUAUACCCUGGACUUUCUUUCACCAAAGACUUUUCAGCAGAUUUUGGAGUAUGCUUACACUGCCACGCUCCAGGCCAAGGUGGAGGACUUGGACGACCUUCUGUACGCUGCCGAGAUCCUGGAGAUUGAGUACUUGGAAGAGCAAUGCCUCAAGAUCCUGGAAACCAUCCAGUCCUCAGAUGAGAACGACGUGGAGGUCCACGCUAACGACGGCAGCACAGAGGAGGACGACGAGCGCAAAGGCCACAACGGAGCCAAGAACUCCAAAAAGCAUUCCAUGGACAGUCCCUACAUGUCAGGUACCCACCAAGUCUCCACCAUGGCCGGCAUGGUGGACCAGAGUCCCUCCGUCUCCACCUCCUUCGGCGUCUCCACCCUGAGUCCCACCAAAGCUGCCGUGGACAGUCUGAUGAGCAUCGGCCAGUCUCUGCUCCAGCAGGGCUUCGGCGCUGAGCAGCUCGUCCACGGGAACUCCCACCACCUGAUGACUGAGAUCAAGACUGAAAUGAUGCAGGUGGACAUGGGCGGCAACGGCCACGAGAGCCCCCAGAACAUGGAGUCCAGCGCCUCCAGCAACGGAGAGCGAAGCGGGGAGGACAGGAACCGAGACGGUCCAGGGACACCGACCAGGAGCAGCGUGAUCACCAGUGCCCGCGAGCUGCACUACGUCCGCGAGGAAGGCAUGGGAGACCCUCAAGGUGAAGUCAGCCAGAUGGGGCUGGAAGCGAUGGCCGGCAUGACGGAGAAACACCUGGCCUCGCUAUACUCCCUACCUGUCAAUCAUAAAUCAGAUGCCAUGAUGUCCAUGCCGGCGUCCAUGGCCUCCGCUCUCCCCAUGUCCCCAGCCCUGGCUAUGUCUAUGGACUUCAGUGCCUAUGGGGGACUCCUGCCUCAGAGCUUCAUCCAGAGAGAAUUCUUCAGCAAGCUGGGGGAGCUGGCGGUGGGCAUGAAACCAGACGGCAGGAACCAGAAUGUGCGUUGCAAUGUUUGCGGCGUAGAGCUACCAGAUAAUGAAGCUGUGGAGCAGCACAGAAAGAUGCACAGUGGAAUGAAGACCUACAGCUGUGAGCUGUGUGGGAAGAGCUUCCUGGACAGCCUCCGUCUACGAAUGCAUUUGCUGUCUCAUUCAGCUGGAGAGAAGGCCAUCGUUUGUGACCAGUGCGGCGCCCAGUUCCAGACAGAAGAAUCCCUGGAGGCUCACCGGCAGAUCCACACCGGCUCGGACAUGGCCAUCUUCUGCCUGCUCUGUGGAAAGCGUUUCCAGACCCAGACAGCGUUGCAGCAGCACAUGGAGGUCCACGCCGGCGUCCGCAGCUACAUCUGCAGCGAAUGCAACCGGACCUUCCCCAGCCAUACUGCACUCAAACGCCACCUACGCUCACACACAGCAGGGGACCACCCAUUCGAGUGCGAGUUCUGCGGGAGCUGCUUCCGAGAUGAGAGCACGCUGAAGGGCCACAAGCGCAUCCACACCGGGGAGAAGCCCUAUGAAUGUAACGGCUGUGGGAAGAAGUUCAGCCUCAAGCACCAGCUGGAAACCCACUACCGUGUGCACACAGGUGAGAAGCCAUUCGAGUGCAAGCUGUGCCACCAGCGAUCCAGGGACUACUCGGCCAUGAUCAAGCACCUGCGCACCCACAACGGCGCCUCGCCCUACCAAUGCACCAUCUGCCUGGAGUACUGCCCCAGCCUGUCAGCCAUGCAGAAGCACAUGAAAGGCCACAAGCCAGAAGACAUCCCCCCAGACUGGCGCAUAGAGAAGACCUACCUGUACCUCUGCUACGUCUGAGACCAGGAGCAGCGAACGAGGAGGGGAGGGUUGUUUGGUUGAGAGGUAAGGGGAAUGUAACGCAGCGGGUAGGAGGAAGGAGAGUUGGCGAUUUGAGGAAUGUCAACGGCGAGAGACUGGACAGCAAGAGGGGGUUUGUUUCCUAUUUUUCUUUUCAUGCAAAAGCGACGGCGAGCGACGGGGUUUAAAAAAACAAAACAAGAUGAGGGUGGUGAUGGAGGGACUAAAGUGCUCAGAAGAGGAAGACUUGGACACUUGGAGAGAGAUUCUCCACCAUUGUUCGGAUUCACCGGGUCAUUCACUACAUCUGCAACUGUGUUAUUGUUUCAGGUCAUUUCGGGCGGCGCCACGAAGCAGGCGCCGCUCCAAGGAAGUGACUUUUUGGAUGCUGCUGCCACAGUGAUGAGAAAGCAGAUUCUCAAGGGCUAUCUGAAGCUGCACUUCCAUCUGGAGCCUUCACUCCAUCCUGAGUCGUUUCAUCCAGCUGUGGGAUGAGGUUUCUUUUUUUUGUUCUACUUCGAUAUCUGUUGUGUUUGCAGUAACACAACGACAGAAUAUGUGAAUCUGAGCAUCGCAUUAGGCCCCCAGUUCAUUAUCUGCUGUCUGACAUUUGAGGACUUUCUCCUUCUGACCACAAACCUACUUGUUGUUCUGAACGGAUUUAUCUUGGGGAUUGAGGAGGACCGACACAGAUGUUCAAACUGAGCGCUCCACAGUUUGAAUUAACGCUUCGGCCCUGAUCUUUUCCGUUGUGAGAUGCAUCUGUUUCGUCAUCUCGUCUGUUUCUGCCUAAGCAGUGGCAAAGAAACGUCCGUACAUGAAAUCCUCCAGAUCCCAGCGGUCGCAGCGAGAUAGCCCCUGAGAAUCCGCAGCAGAGCCGGUCGGCUUAUGCAGUAGAUGAAACAGUUGAACUGGACAAGUGGGAGCAUUUGAAUACUGCAAACCAAGCGCCCAUUUGGUUGCGGGGGAAGAUGUUAGUGCUGCUUUUUUUGUGUUGUUGGAAGUCUCCCCACUUUUCUCAGUAGUCUUCCUGGUUCUGCAUCUCCGUCGGAUGAUGGACUAGAGAAGGCCGAGUCACCACUGGCCACUCAAAGGCUAACUUGCGUCACUUUUUCGUCAUAUUUUUGUUCUUUUUUUUCUGUUUUUUUAGCUCUGCAUCCUAGUUUAUCAUGGCUUGAUUGCACAGGUUAAACAAAGUACGACAACAGUCUCUGUUUGAUGUCGGCAAGGUAUAUAUUGUUUUCAUUAACUCAUAACUCGCUAUUACAGUACGUCACAUUAAACUCAGCCUACUCACCUAUUCAGCAAUAGAUAACCGGACUGCUUUUAUACCAUGUACAUUUAACCAGAUCAGUAUCUUUAUCUCACACUAAUGGUGAACUACACAAACUGACACACAAACAGUUAACACUUUUACCGCUACAGGUCUGUCCUUUCACCACAGGGAUGGAAUAUGGGAAAAAAACACAGCGUUUGCUGUCCGUGGGAGUCCUGUGACUUUGACUGCUAGUAAGUGAAUGUUGAAGAGGUGCUGGGAAUGCCUUAGCGACACACCUCUGUCGGAGGUGAAGACUGUUAUACGGCAUGGAAAACAUGAAUGUGAACGCCUGUGAGCCGGGUUCAGAGGAGGCUGGAUCGCCAGACGCAGGCUAAAGCUGCUUUUCAUUUAAAGUCGGAAGAAUUCCCACCUUGCAGGUCGUUGUUUUCAUUUCUAAAGCCUUCCGGUGGUUCUGAGUGGGUUUUCUCCAUCCAGCACUAGAAGCUCCAGGCAAGUCUUGUUGGGGCUUCAACUCCCCUAGAAGAGUUUGAUAUGAGAACAUGGAUCGCCGGAGUACUGGUGGAUGAUCGUUUCUCAUAGUUAAAUUACAGAUAUUGUGUUCACAUGAUGCAUAUUCACAAAUAUAUUAGCAUUGAUUUGAAUUACUGCUGGGGCUUCAAGCGAAAUACAAUUAAAAUGCUGUACGUUGUGUACUCUGUGCAUCUGAUAUACCGUUGCAUAGAGGAAAGGGUGAACGUUGGGUCAGUAAACGCCCUGAGCAAAGUGUUAAAACCCAUGUGCAGCAUUUACAGCAAAACGUCAAAAUCCUGCUUUCUGUCCGGCGGUGGGAAUUCCUCCUGCUUUCUGUGAAACGCAGCAUGUUUUAAUGGUUGAACGCAGGCUGUACUGAACAUCACUGCCUGUCACAGCGUUACCUGGGCGCUCACAUAUCCAAACGGCUGGUGGGGAAAAAGGGGGGAAAUCACUGAUUGGAUGAGACAGGGCCCAGCAGCUUAGGGGGCGACCAGUAAGACGACAGAAUAAAUCAGCUCUUUCUCUGUGGUUUUGUCCCUGCGCUUCGUCUCGUCUCCUGUCGUUGUCGUCGUCCUUGUCGUUGUUGUUGUCGUUAUUAUUGACCUUGAGUUUGAUCUCAACACAUCGUACUUGAAUUACCUCGUUCUUGUGACCUCAUGUUUGCUUGUGUAUUUUUAAUUUUCCCUUUCGUUUCAUUUGUACACUUUUCGAGUCGGAAAGACGCGUCGCGAAAACCACGAUGAAGCGAUGCAGAAAAAUUAAGUGCCACGGUGAAGAGAUUUGUUUGUUUUUCUAAUGUUGUGUAUUUCUUUGUGCAUUACUUGCUACCAAACUUGGUAUUAUUAACCCUGCUUGAUAAAGAGCCGGAAGGUUUGGUCAUUUGUUAUAAAAGCUACCUCUAAGUUGUUGUUUUUUUUGCAAAAACACAUUUUUUUGUGUUUGCGUUUUGCAUUAUUUCGUCAUUGCUACUUCAUCUCAUGCUUUUUUUUUGUUUUCAAAAGUUGAUUUAUGAUUGUCUGUGUGUUUUCAAGCAAAAUGUGUAUAAAAGGGUAAGAGAUAACAAAAGUAGAGGUCGGGUAGGAUGAGAAAAGUUGUUGAAAUGGAUGUUUAUUCUUCUCUUCUAGUCUCCCCCUGCACCUCCAACCACAGAAGAGCAGAGAAAAAAAAAAGCAAUUUUGAAGCCUUAAGUAUGAGUAAGAGGGAUACGGCAGAUAAGAGGAAGUACUAUUGCUUUUUAAGAGGGUUUAAAAGCAAGAAUUUAAACUUGAAAAUAUGUGAAUAGAAUUGUAGUUUUGUAAUGUGAAAAAAAAGAGGAAAAAAACGAGGAGGUUCAUCAAAAAAAAAAAAAAAGGCAGAAAGAAGCGCUGAACCGCCCAGGACAGGUCAUAUUUGCAGCGAUGCAGAGUGCGUUGGACAAUUUGGAACUGCAAGCGGUAAUCAAAAACAGUAAAAACCAGAAGGUUGAAAAUAGAGAUUCUCUCAGCAGACGAGCUCUCCUGAGAAACGAGCGUAUUCCUGAACAAGAGCCAACAGAGGCAAUUUGAUAUAUAAAAAUUGUGAUAUUUUUGUAUUCAGUGUCAGUCCUUUUUCCAUUUGUGGAGGGUUACAGCAGGGCACAAAUAUUUGUAUUUCUGUUUUUUAUUAUUAUUAUUUUUAACCGUUUUUGUUUCUCUCUCUCUCUCUGGGUGUGAAUCAUUUUUGCCUUGCUCCUCUUUGAUAUUGUUGGACAAAAAAAACGUGUGUGAACAUAUUGUGAUAAUAAGUGUUGCUUUCUGGAUGUCAAUUGCAUUGUAGGUGAAGGACUAAAUCUACCCGCCACAAAAAUUUUACGGAGUGUGUGUAUGUGACAAAAAAAAAGAAGCAAAAAAAAAAGCAAAAAAAAAGGAAAAAUAGAAACAAAAAAGAUGUUAAAAUGCGGGACGGCAGGGGGACGCUGCCAAACCGACCAAUUAGUACUUGUCAUUCACAGUUUUUCAAUCAAACUUGACUGUCAGCAUAUUUUUUUGUUUUGUUUUUGUACUUGAAAAAAAAAAGAAGAAGAAGAAGGGAUGGCAUGUCCCGAGGUGUCUUGCCAUUUUAUUCUCAAACACUGUGAGCUGAGGGGGCUUUUUUCCACCCUCGUAUAACAUCCACCCACUAAAAUACCCCGUCACGGUUCAGUCUGAACGCCACAAUGCAACACCUGUUCAGUCACAUCGUUCCUAUCAUCGUCCUCUGAAUGUUUUCUACUUUUUCGUGCGGGUGAAAGAGUGCGUAACUAUGUGUGUGUGCGUGUGUGUGUGUAUUAGUGGAAAAAUGCACUAAUCAGAUCAGAUUACAAAAUAAAAUAUUCUAUGCCACUUUUUUUCUGUUGGAAAAAAUAUAUAUAUACAUUGGCAUCGAUAUAGUUCUUCCCUCAGUGUUCCUCCAAUGUUUCUGUACUAUCUUUGUGCCUAAAAAUGGAAAUUGUUCAACAAAAAUAUCCAUCUAUAUCUGCUUAGUUUUCUGUAUUUUCAGAAGAAAAAUAAAAAUGGUGUCUCCAGCACCCUAGGGAUGUCAUGACGCUCGAAAAUGACCUGAUUUUAUUUUCUUUGUUUUUUUAUUUUACUUUAAAUCCUGAAUAGAGCAGGGCGUCUUUUUUCAAGGACUGAAAUAAACCCUUAAUGCUAUUGAAAUAGCAAUCGGGAUUCUUCUCUUGGGCUGUGAUUGGCACCGAAAAGCAUUUAUUUAGCGACACAAAACAAAGCAAGAGGGGGGGAAAAACAGACAGAAUUUCAGACGCACUGCGGCCGAGAAACUUGUUUAAAUCUCUGCUCCAGAUGCUCUGAUUUUCUCCUUUUCUUUUUUGUCAGCAACAGGUUUGCUGAUGUGAACAUGAUACGAUAAGAAAACAGAAGCUCCGUUUAGGUUUCUCCCCUUCUGCUUUGUUUCUGGGUUUUUUUAAGAGUACUUUUUCUGUUCUACAAAAUGCAUUUAAAAAGGGGGAUGUUGACUUGGUCCUGAGAGGAAUCAUGGCAUCCCUGGAGCUGGCACUCUGUGUUUUGGUGUGGUGUUUCUAGAACAAAGUAGCCAUUUCAUGCAGUGUUGCAAUGCAUGUGCCAUCGAGGUCUAGACUAAAAUUGUUUGAGUAACAAAGCACCAAGACAUUGUAUUUUUUUAUAUUAGCACUGAGGACCAAUCGCCCUGUCGGACCAAGCAUAACGAAGCUUUUUAUGUAACAAAGCUUUUCUCUCUCUGUCUUUCCCUGGCUUGUCUGUGCUACUUCUCUCCUCCAUUGUUGUGACAGCACAAGUGCCAGUCGAGUUGCUCUGUAUUAAGAAAAUAGUGUUUUUAUUAUGAUUUGAAUUGUUAUAGUUUUUGUCUACCUCAGCACCUAAUCUUAGCCUAAUCUUAGAAGGUGCCCAAUUAUUAUUUUUUAUUUUUCUUUAUUUUGUUCUCUUAUUGUUGUCGGUUGUAUAAUUUUUUGAAAAAUUUUGCAUUAGAGCUUUGCAAAGGUCCUUUGUCUUUUCCAGCGACAACGUGCUACUUUCUGUUUUUUCCGUGGCAGUACGUUUCCUGUUGAGCUGUGCCACCAAUCUAUAGCCACCGUCUGUUGAAUAUAGAGGUCGUUCUCUCUUUUUUUUUUGUUCCUUUCCAUGUAGAAUCAGACACAUCUCUUUGUAACAUUUCAGUGUUCUCUGAUGGAGUGUGAAAAAAAAUAAAAAGGAAAAAUAAAAGAUUUAAUGCUGCAGGUUCUCUUCUCCAUGUUGUCAAUAAAGUCAAUGUUGUGCCUUUGAUAGUGGAAAUAUAAAGAAUAUUUCUUUUUUCUUCUUUUUUUUACAUCCUACUAACAGUAGAUUGUUUUUUGUAGUGGAAUUUUUUUGUAUUUUUAUUUAUGAGUCUCAUAAUAAAAAUCAAAUCAUGAUGUUCAGUUGUAUACUUUCAAUCUGCAGUUAGAAGAAAAUAAAAAAUGGACUUCA